CUACCUUUUACAGUGGGAGACGAACUGAUUGCUCGGUGUUAGCUCAUGAUCUGGCAUUGAUUUUGUUAAUCGUUCGAUAAUGGCGGUGGCGACGAACCUUGCUUCUCUUCUGGAGAAGCUCAAAGUGGAGGAUCCGUACCUUCCACCGCGAAAUUGGGAAUCCUUACUUUCCCAGAAUGCUCGACCUCCUCCUCCAGCUCGUGCAUCUUCUUCGCAUUCGUCUGCUUCCUCUGUCUCUGAAUCAAGCUUGGUUAGGUUGGCGUUGAAUGCUCUGCAAGGUGUUGAGUCGUCCCUUAUUAGCAUAGAGAAGCUCUCUUCUGUAUUAUGCUCUGACCCAGCUGACAGGACCACCCACAAAAUUCCAAACUUGUGGCAUCGUUUGUCAAGCACUGAUGCAUUGGGACAGAUUCUUAGAAACAUAGGCUGCUUUGGUUCUUUGGUUUUUCUUCUCCACAAGUUCGUAGACCAUUUCACAAGCAUGGAGUUGGAUGUGGAAACAGCUGUUGAAGGACAGGGGAGCUAUAAAGUGGGUGAAAAUGAAGAAGCCAAUAACAAGAGCUGUUAUACCCUUGUUAAUCAGGCUUUUGCUAUUGCUGUGAGAAAGGUCCUAGAAGGUUAUAUAUCUGGACUUGAUACAUUAUGUGCAUCAAUAGAACUGAGGCGUGCAUCGAACAUCGUUGAUGGGUCUGACACUGGUUCCUCUUGGCGAGGCUGCCUCACGAAUGUUGUUCAUCCAAAGAUAACAUUAUUGGAAGUUUUUCUACAUACUAGAGAGUUACGAACACAGAUUGAAGCUCUUGCAAACAUAUGUGAUUUGUAUGAUGUAUCCCUAUCUUAUUGUGUCUCGCCUUGGGAAUGCUUGAUUACUGAAGCAACCUCGCGAUUUCAUGGGUUCUUCAGAGGAAGCGACCUGCUUACCUACUUAUAUACUCAACUUAAGGUUGCUGAUCCUGCUCACAGUGCUAUGCUUAAAUUUUUGUUCCUCAAAACAUGUGAGCCAUAUUGCGAGUUUAUAAGAUCUUGGAUGUUUAAAGCCGAGCUUAACGAUCCUCAUAAGGAGUUCAUUGUGGAAUGUGUCAGUGAAUCGACAUCUAUUUCUUGGAAUAAGCCUGGCAUCUCCCCAAUGAAGAAUGUCAGGGAGCAAGAAUUACGGCUGCUUCCAUGUUUCUUGGAUGGCUUCUUGGUACCUAUUCUAAGGGCUGGUCAACAGCUCCAAGUAAUUACAAAACUUCUUGAACUGUGUAAUCUUCCUGCAUGUGGACACAGAACUUACGCAGAUCUCCUUCCCUGUUGGACACAUUAUUCUUCUACUAGUGUAGUGUACCCAUCUCCACUAAUUUUCAGUAAAUUGCAUAUAGAAGUGAUGGUACAGAAAAGAAGGGAUUACUACAGAAGAAUGCAAGAAAAACUUGGUGAUCCUUCAAAAAAGUUUGAACUUUUCCUUGGACAGGUUCCUGGAGCAAUAUCGUUGCAUUUCAAACUUGACGAGAGCUUACUAAUUCCUUCAACAGUGGCAAUGGACUUGACCAGUGACCAGAAUGGUUCAGAUUCUGAUGACCAGAAAACAGAAGACAGAUGGUUUUCAGAGAUAGAUGUGUCAUGCUCAUCUGAAUGUUCAUCGACUAGGGACUCCUCGGAAGCAUCUGAUGUUGGACUCCUUGAUUCACCAAGUACAUUAAUGGGACCUUCAAAAGAUUAUUUAUCAGUUCUACGUUUCUCUGUUGCCUCUGAUGGGAAUUGUAAUCAGAAUUUGCUUCAGCAUAGUGAAUCGGGUUAUAUAGACAAUAGUUUUGUGAGGAGAGUUGAGAAGGCAGAUACUCAUCGCCAGUGUAUGGACAAUGAGCCAGAAGAGUCAGCUGACGUAUGUCAGGAUGGUAAAUUUGGAGGGCCUCUUUCUAUUAAGUCAUGGCCCCUUGGUGGAUUACCUAGAAAUCCAUUUUGUGUUGAUAAGUACGCGGAAGAUGACAGAGAAUAUCCACAAACUGAUUCAGGAGCUAAGCUGGAACAGAGAGACUUAAUGAAUACUGAUGACAGCACGCUAUUAUUAAACAUCAUUCCCACCGACGGUAGUUAUUCAAAGCAGGAGAGAAACCAUGAUAUGCUGGAAAACUGUUCCUCAUCCAAAUCGUAUUUGUUGAAAGACACAAACGUAAACUACCCCUACGGGGCGCUCAGCUUGAAUCCUGCGCUGAGAUGUGAUUUCUUGCGCAAGCAUGGAAACAAAAACAGGAGCGGCCAGGGGAAUUCAUUGCCUUGGUUUGAUUUUUCUGCGGUGGAUAACCCUUCCAAGACGUGUCUUGCCAGGAUACCUGUGGAAUUUCAUGUUGAUUUUCACGUGGAAGCUCACAGUUCUCAGACUCAUAGAAAGAGUAUUUCCCGUACCAACGAAGAAUGUGACAUAUAUAGGUCUGAUGUUCAAGAUCCUAAAGUUUCUAGCAGUCAUCUAUCUUUGGAUUUGCAAAGUUGCGUUAAAGAAAAAAAUUCAAACGCAUCUGGUGGAAGUAGAUGGGAGGGUAUGCUUCUUAGAUCAAAUAACCCCGAAACUAGCGCAUUAAUUGAUCACAGAGAGAUCCCCUCUGGCUCAUUUGAAUUGCCACUUGAUUUUGUUAUAGACAAGUGUCUACUGCAGGAAAUACUUCUUCAAUACAACUUUGUCAGUAAGCUAGCUAUCAAGUUGCUCGAAGAAGGAUUUGGCUUGCAAGAACAUCUGUUAGCUCUACGCAGAUAUCAUUUUAUGGAACUAGCAGAUUGGGCAGAUGUAUUUAUUGCGUCCCUUUGGCAUCAUAAAUGGCUUGUUACGGAGGCAGAUAAGAGAAUUGCAGAAAUCCAAGGGUUUCUAGAAUCUUCAGUUCAGAGAUCAUCAUGUGAACGAGGCAUUUGUAAGGACAGGUUGUUUUUAUACAAAAGACAAGGCUCAGUGCAUCUUCCGCCAUCAACCAUUGGAGUGCGUUCUUUUGAUUUCCUAGGGUUGGGGUAUCGAGUUGAGUGGCCAGUCAAUAUGAUUUUAACAUGUGAUGCGCUGAAAGCAUAUGCUGAUGUAUUUAGCUUUCUGGUUCAAGUGAAAUUAGCAGCGUAUGCAUUAACUGACGUCUGGUGUUCACUGAAGGAUGCACGGCAUACGAUGCAUGAGAAUAAAGAGGGGAUAGCGAAGCAAGAACUCCGGUGGUUGAACAUAUUGAUGAAACUAAGGCAUCAGAUCAACCAUUUUGUAUCAACACUACAGCAAUAUGUACAUUCGGAAUUGUCUCACGUAUCAUGGGCCAAGUUCCUUCAUUCCCUAAAGCACAAGGUCAAGGAUAUGAUGGAUCUUGAGUCUGUGCAUAUGGCUUAUCUAAAUGAAGCUCUGCGCAUAUGCUUUCUAUCUGAUGAAACCCGAGUCAUAUCAAACAUAAUCGAGAACAUCUUACAAUGCGCAGUGGACUUUCGGUGUUGUCUUCCCAGAGGCGUUCAAAGUACAGCUCGAUUUCCAAACGAUUCAUGGACGAAAACGCUAGGCAUAAACACAUCUCAGGUGAUAGUGGUGAAGCAGAAGUUUGAGAAAGAGUUGAAGGAUCUACAUUUGUGUCACAUGAAAUCACCAAAACAUGGGAGGUCUAGGCUCUCUCGCUUCUGGGACUGCCUCAAUUUCAACCUCUUUUAUUCAGAUAUCAUUCGUCGUGAUUCUCUUAUCUCUUAG